CACCGCGCGGUUGGUAUGAGAAAUCGGGCCGCGGUGGCGCCCCCUGCCGGCCGGCGCGCGCGUUUGAACUUUAGCGCUGCGCUUCUCCAUGACUCCAUGACUCAGCCUCCGCGCCGCGCUCCUCCCGCGGCCGUCGCGUCAUCGCCUAGACGGAGACGAACGGACGCGGUCUCGCUGUCGGACAGCCGGACUUUCUGGCCCAAAGAAGCCCGUUGGCACCGCGCAGAUCGAGAAAGGACAAAGAUGCGAGGCUGCACCGGGAAUCUUCCUCUCCUAGACGCCUCCGUCUCGGCCGUCUCGGCCCUUUUCCACUUCACUCGGGUGUUUUCCUCCAGCAUGACUCCGCACCGCUUUUGAUGGAUGUUCCUGGAGCGCGAUGCGAAAUGACGAAUCCGGAGCGUUUGUACGUUGGGCCCCCCUGGCGGUGUUGUUGUUUGUGACCGCGUAAGUACCAUUGGGCUCGCGCUCGACACGCCGUGCACCGUGGUGCGGAGUGAUUCCACACAGCACCUCGUUACUCUGUCUCUCUCGCACGAGACGCCCAGCGAGAAGGAGGAGGGCAGUGCGACGGAAAGACACGACUCUACGGAAUGAGUCGGCCUGAAGUGGAGGGCCCACUGGAAAUGGUAAUGGCAGGGUAGGCAACCCGCUGGACGAUGCCGUCGUUCAGGGCGGUUGUCUAUGGACUUGAACUUGGGAGGCUGUGGGACCAGUCGUAGAACGACAUAAACUCAGGGCGAGUACGAAAGAAGCCACCGCGAUCGGCAGUCUGUAGCGCCUGGCAGGUAGGCCAGCGGACAGGCCCGCAACGCACCCCUGUGGAGACGGCGGCCUACCUUGCCCCUGCGGAAUCAGGGAUUUUUCCCCGCGAUGCUACUUAGGCUCCAGCUCCAGGGAGCGUUCACCUCCUUCGGCAUGCCCCCGGAGGCCUCCAAGACGUUGCACCUGGCCAAAAUUUUCCUCCAAGCCGUUUCAUUUAUUCCUUUCCAUUCGGCGCGGCGCCGCUCGUCCUGUCUUUGUUGUCGGCCUCCUUUCAGCCUUGUUUACCGCAUCCCUUCGCUAUCUCGCUCUCUGUCGCUCUGCCGGCCUCGCCGGACAUCGGUCAGUAUAAAUGAUGGCACCGCCCCUGCAGCGUCAACACUCGACUGCAGCUCGUCCGCCGGCCAUGUCGUCUUCCGUGCGCACCGCCCUGGUCCUGGCCGCCGCCGUGCUGGCCCUGACCGUGCUGACGUCCUGCCAGGCCUACUACUACGACGACUACGACUACUACGGCCCGUACUACCACCGUCGCUACUACCACCGCCACCACUACGGCAGCGUCGGUGUGGGCGCAGGCUUCGGCGUCGGCGUCGGUGUGGGCGUCGGAGUCGGCGCUGGCUUCGGGGGUGGUUACGGAGGUGGGUACGGCGGCUACGGCGGCUACUACCGCCGACGCUGAGGGCGACGACGAGGCCUAUCUCUCUGUCUCCCUCGCACCCCGCUUGCCGGCCCCGGCCGCUGAUUGGGCGUGUUAGCUCCAAUCGGAUCCAGCUCACUGGGGCUCGCUGGCUCGCCUAUACGCGUCGAUGCACUCGACCGGGUCGAGCAGCGAGCGGCGCUUCAAACUCCAGUGGACACUGUGCGAACGACUGUCCCAAAAGCAGCUGGAUGAAAACAAAUUUUGUGAAACUGUGAUAGGCUUGCCAAUAAAUUAUGUGAUUAUAUAUGUCUUCUGCUGA